CAAAAGCCGUCUCUUAUUGUUUUUAAAAAAAAAAAAAAAAAGAAAAAUAGCAAUUACCUCAAACUACGUCUCUUAAUCAAGCAACAGAAGAGACCGUCUCUUCCAGUACUUUUCUAUGGCGAAGAAGGAAGAAAGAAGAAGAAGCCAUGGCAGGAGUAGGACUUUUCCGAGAUGGAGAAUUUGAGUUUGUAUGGACAUCCGAAUGAGUCGUGGGAACUGAAUCUACCGGCGGACGGUGCUGCUGCUACAGCUCCCCGCCACCGCCAUCUCCGUCUCCGAGAAGACGAUAUCGCCAGAUUCUCCAAUUGGAUCGUUCAUGUUCAUUAUUUUUAGUUUCGCACUCUUUUUCAUUAUUUUGUGUGAAGCAUUUGAGAAGUGUUAAAAGCAGUCUUUGAGUUACUUUUGUGCUUGUAAUUGCAGGAGGGUCUUACUGAUGAACUUGGUGCUGAGGCCAUGAUGUUCGAGGCUUUGGAGAAAGUGCGUUAAUAUCACACUUUUCAACAAAUGUUCGGUCUACAUAAAAACAGCUAAUGAAAUUGCAUUUCUUUAAUUGUGAACAACAUGCUUGGGAUUAGGAAAGAAUAUCUUCCUAAGUACGAGGAAAAUUUGGAGCUAAGCAUUGCCAAAGCACAGCUGGAUGAGCUGAAGAGUGAUGCUCUUGAAGCAAUGGAGUCUCAGAAAAAGAAAAGAUCUCUCUCCUUUGCCUGAAGCUGACACCGGUGGUGUUACUGUGAUAGAAAGCUCGACUCCCAUUGCCGAAACAGCUUCAUCCAAGACGAACAGUGCGUUGCAACCACAAGAUGCUACAACUAGGGCUUGUUCAAUUCAGUAUGAAACAUCUAUUUCUCUUUUAGGAGAAGAUAUGUCUCCUCCUCUGCUUGAAGCAGACAAAGACGGUGGCGUUAUUGUUACAGAGAGUUCAACUCCCAUUGCAGAGGCAGCUUCUUCCAAGACUAAUAAUGGAUCUCAAACAGAAGAUAUACAAAAAGCAGAUGAUGAAUCUACAAAGCCUGUUACUCUCAGGUUUUCAAGAGAUUGUUUCUUCUACAAAGCCUGUUAUGUUGUUGUUAUCUACAAUGCCACCAAUCAAAUGAGUUGACAUUUUUUAAGAAACCCUAAAUAAGAGACUUGCAAUGAAGGGAGAAAAAUCUCAAAGUUCUUAAA